AUGAGUGAAGAAGGAGAAGAAACCACAGCUGCUUUGAGAAAACAAGUUGAAGAAUUGAUGAGAAAUGCGGCUGGAAUGGUUGCAACAUCAAAUGCAUUUCCAAAAACUGGAGGCGAAUUUGAGAUUUAUAAUUCGUAUCCGACUUAUAAUGCAUAUAUGAAACGACAGGAGGAAAGAAUUAAUAUUGUGUUAGUUUUGAGAGGAGGAAGGGUUUGGAGAUUUUUAUCUGAAAUUCCAGAAAAAAAUGGUUUCAGUGAAAUUCCAAAGGUUUAACAAUUCAUUUUAAAACAUCUGAAAAUAUUAAGAAUUUCCAGAAAUGUUGAAUUUUCUAACUGAAUAUUGACAAAAAAUUAUCAAAACUAAACAAAACUUCUAAAAUUUUCAGUAUGAGCAAAUUGACAAAAUCGAUUGGAUGUGCAAUGAGAGUUCCAAAUGUUGGAAGUUCAAUUCAAGAAUAUACAGAAUGUGUAAUUGAAGCACAAGAUAAUAUUGCUGAAAGAGCUGUGAGUAUUGUUAUUUAUUUUAUCUUAAAUCCCUAAUUCUUAAUUGCAAAAAUCAAUUUUCAGUCAACUCUUCUUGAAGCACUCAAAAAAGCAGAUCGAGACGAAGUCGUAAAAGUUCCUGAAUUCAUCUUAAAAGCUGCCCCUACAAAUAAAAAAACUGAAAAUGAAGUUUCGUCCGCAAUGCGAACAUUUUCUGCAAAUAUCGGAUCGAUUCUUGCACAAAAAUUCAGAGAAAGAAGAGAAGAAGCGGCACAAAUGAUUGUUAGCGAAAAACCACAGAAAACCUAUAAUUUGAAUGUGAAUAAUUCGAUUGCUCCAUUUAUUUCGAAAUUAAAUGAAAAACAUCAUGCGAUUGAUAAAAGAAAGGGAAUUGUUAUUAUUGAUGAGGAUGAAUCUGGAAAACGGUAGGGAAAAGGUUUUUUGGGAUAAACACUAAGUCAAUUGAGAAAAUUCUGGAUCAGACCACUUACUGAAAGUUUUCCCAAAGUUAUUGGAUUUUUCGAAAAAGAACAUUUUCAAAAAUCCUGUAAACAUUGUCUAAAAAAUUUUUUAAAAAUUUGGAAAUUAGAUGAUUGAAAUUCUUGAAAUCCCAAAAUGUUCAGCCAAAUUCUAUUAAAAUAAUACUUUUUCAGUGAAUGGAAUGGCGAAGAUGCAGAAAUCGAGCAUCCCUAUAUCGCCGAAAUUCUCAACUUCAAAAUUCCCGUUUCCCAACUCCAAACAUCUUCUCUUCAAAAAUUCGCCAAACUCCAAAACACCAAAUUCACGAUGGUUGACAGCAUCGAAAAAUUAGAAGAACUUCGAGAUCAUUUAAAUUCAGUCACUGAAUUUGCAGUCGAUUUGGAACACAAUGAAUCAAGAUCAUAUUUGGGAUUAACUUGUUUAAUUCAAAUUUCAACACGGGAUGCUGAUUUUGUGAUAGAUCCAUUUCCGAUUUGGGAUCAAGUUGGAAUAUUAAAUGAGCCAUUUACAAAUCCGAAAAUAUUAAAAGUUCUACAUGGUUCGGAUAAUGAUGUUUUAUGGCUUCAAAGAGAUUUCGGAAUUCAUAUUGUGAAUUUGUUUGAUACUUAUAUUGCAAUGAAGAAAUUGAAAUAUCCCAAAUUCUCAUUGGCUUAUUUGGUUUCUCGAUUUGCUGCAAUUCCAUUAGAUAAACAAUAUCAAUUGGCUGAUUGGCGAGCUCGACCACUUCGAGAUGCAAUGUUGAAUUAUGCAAGAGAGGAUACACAUUAUCUAUUAUAUUGUUAUGAUAAUUUAAGAGAAAGUUUGAUUGAGCAAAGUGAGAAGGAUUUGAAAGAAGUUUAUAAUGAAUGCAAGGAUUUAUGUGUCAAGGUAGGAGAUUAUUGGAGAGGUGUAAACGGAGUGUCGUUUUUCAUUAUACUGGAUAUCUAAAAUUGCGAAUUUUUGGGAGAUAUAGAAAAAAAAUAAUAACGAAUUUUCAGGUCUACAAAAAGCCAGCAUUCAAUCCAAAAGGUUUUAUGACAGAUAUCAAAUUCCGUUUCACAUUGAAUUCUCGUCAAGAAUAUGCGCUAACUCAUUUGUAUAAAUGGCGAGAUAAUAUUGGAAGAGAUGAAGAUGAAAGUCCACUUUUUGUAUUACCAAAUCAUAUGUUAUUAGGUUUAUCUGAAACUUUGCCAAAUGAUAUUAAUGGAAUCUAUGUUUGUUGCAAUCCAUUGCCAUAUUUUGUAAAACAAAGAUCUGGUGAAAUAUUGAAAAUAAUCAAAGAAGCGAGAGAUGUGAAAUUGGAAAAGAAGGGACCAUCGAAUAAAGAAGUUGAAGAUGCACAAGAAAAUCGAGGAAUUUUGAAUGAUCGAAUGGAUUUGAUCACCUCGAUUUUAUAUUCGAAACUUGAUUUUUCGCAUUGUAAAUUUGAUGAAGAACGAGGAGAAAUUGAUAUUGAUAAAACAGAACAUUCUGAAUAUAUUAGUUUGAAAGAUGAACAAAUGUCACUUUUAUCUAUUUUAAGACCUACGAUUACCUCGAAAAAUUUGGGAUUAACAAAUGUUUUUGAAGAGGAAAAAAGAGAAAAAGAAAGAAAAUCGAUAUUGGAAAAAUUGGAUGAAUGGGUAACACCUUAUGAAUGCUAUAAAAUUGUGAUGAAAGAAAAAGAAAAACAAGAAGAAAUUGAAAGAUUGGAAGCAGAAAGAUUGAAGAAAUUAGAAGGAGAUGGACCGAAGACUAUGUUUUCGCAUAAUGAUCCAACUGUUUGUAGAAAACCAGUAUUUGAAGAUGAUGAAAUUGCGAAAAGCGGAGAAAUGAAACUAGCAGGAUCAGGAGGAAAAUCAGACAAUGAAGAAGAAAAAGAUGCACCGAUUUUUGAUGAAUCACGAUUUAGUGAAGAUCAAAUAUUAUCGAAGAAAUCAUUGAAGAGAAAACGAAAAGAAGCGAGGAGAAAUGCGGAUAUUUCGACUGUUCUUGGAGAAUCUUCGGAGGCUCCAGAAGUAUCGGAAUCGACGAAAAAAUCGAGACAAGAAGAAGAAGAUGAAGAGUUUGAUUAUGAAAAAGCGGAUAUUAGUCAAUUUAGUGAGUUUUUUAAAAGGAUAUUGGAUUGUCAGGAAAAUUUAGAACUUCUCAAAAAUUAGAAUUUUCAGUUAUCAGUUUUAGUCAAAAUUUCACGAAAAUUGAAUUUUAGCUUUUCAAAUCUAAAUUAUUCAUAACAUUUUAAGAGCUGAAUAUUUUAGUAAGUAUAAAAAUUGACACUAACGUAAAAUAAUUUCUAUAAAAAUGUCUGAAUUUUGAUCAUAUUCAUCAGCUAUGGAUGUAUGAUUUUUCAUAGAAAAAUGCCAUGUUUUUUUUUUCAGAAAAACCGGUACGCGACACAAAUGCCGAAUUCGAUCCAUUUCAUCAGAAAUUCCGUCUCAAAAAUCAGUCGAAAAAACAAACGAUGCGAAAAUCGGCGAAUCGACAAGGAACAAUUAAUUACAACAAAAAAUCUUGA